AUGGGCGUCCCGGUAGCGCUGGCCAUCGUCGUUGGCUUGGCCUGCUCGUUCAUCCAGUCGCUCGGUCUCACGAUCCAGCGCAAGUCGCACGUGCAAGACGAGGCCCUUCCGCUGGAGCAGCGCACACGCGCUGUGCGCCGCCCGCUUUGGAUCGUCGGCUUCGCCAUCUACAUCUCCAGUAACAUCUUUGGGUCCGUCUUCCAAAUCGGUGCGCUUCCAAUAGUCGUGCUUGCGCCGCUCGGUGGCGUGUCGCUGCUAUGGAACAGCGUGCUCGCCCAUGUCCUCCUUGGCGAGAGCUUCACCUCCGCUAUGCUCCUCGGCACCGUGUUCAUCGCCACCGGAGCAGUCCUCAUCGCCAUCUUUGGCGUCGUACCUGACGGCAACCACAGCCUGGACGAACUGCUGCGAUUGUGGGCGCGCGGCCCUUUCAUAGCCUUCUUCGUCAUCAUAUGUCUCGCCAUCGCAUUGGUGCUCGCUGCCGCGCACAUGACUGCAUGGCGUGUGCAGCGGCGCGCGCAGCGUGGGGCUAUCCGCCUCGACGAUGCUCCGAGUAACUACGCCAGUCCGCAAGCCGAGGCCGCUAUCCCCUUCCGGCCCGUUAGCGGGUCGCCGCAAGGUUCCAUCUCGAGCAUAAGUGGCAUCGGCAUCAACGAGAAUGGAGCCGACAAGACCGUGCGCUUUGCCGAGCUCGAGCGGCCCGAAGACCGCACGCUCAUGUUCUGCGGGCUCGCGUUUGCUGCGGCAAGCGGCACGCUGUCUGGCCUCUGCUUAGUGCUCGCCAAGUCUGCUGUCGAGCUUGUCAUCGCCACCAUCGAGCACUGGAGCACGGGCCGCGGCCAGAACGAGUUUGCACGUAUUCAGACCUGGUUUUUGGUCGCGGGUCUCGUCGUCGCCGCCGUUCUCCAGCUCGUUUACCUCAACUACAGUCUGGCGUUUGCCUCGCCGGCUCUCAUCUGUCCUCUUGCAUUCUGCUUCUACAACCUGGCCUCGAUCUUUGACGGGCUGGUCUACUAUGACCAACUGGGACGGCUGAGCACGCAUCAGGUCGUUCUUGUCUCCAUUGGCGUCGCUGUCCUUCUCGUGGGAGUGUGGGCUGUUUCGGCCGUGCAGCCGACCGGCGACGGUGGCGUCGAGGUUGGCACAUGGGCCGAGGAGGAGUGGGUGCACGACCACGAGACAUGGUUCGAGGAGGCGGUGGUGGACGAGCCAGACGACGACGCGCACGAGGUGCUCGAGCCCGCGCACGGCGCCGUCACAGUCUCAGACGCGGACAGCACGCAGAUACACGACCACGACCACCCCGUAAGCGCGCCGAGCGUGCGCUCCCCGCCGCCCAAGCUCAGCCGGAUAGACGCAGCCGCGGCGGCCUCCGCCAACAUCGGCACGGGGCCUUACACAGGCACAGGCAGCCCCGUGUCGCCGACACAGCCGCGCCGCCGUCGGCCGCGGUACGGCACGCUCAUCCCCGACCUCGCGCCGACGGGUGGCCUGCCGACGGGCUUCGCGUUCGGGAUCGGCGCCGCGUCGCCGGGCUUCGCGUUGCGCUCGAACAGCAUCUCGCACCGCUCGCCGGCUAUUCCACAGCGCUCGCCGUCCAUCUCUCAGCGCCCGGCCCUCCCCUCCCCGUCGCAGAGGAGAGCGCGCGCCCAGUCCGAGGCUGGCGCCAGCAGACCGACGCGCACCAGAGUGCGCAUGUCGCUGCCCGCCGGGCCGAGCGAAGACGUCGCGGCAACGCUGGCGGCAUGGGACGACGCGCCGCCGCGGAGGACGAUCAUCGGGCGCAUAUUCGGGAGCGGCGGCGUCAGGCUGCCUUAA